AACAAACAGUGCUACACACCCCUACCCCGUAAGUCAACAGAACUUCAUAGAAGAAUUGCUUUUCGAGGGUUGUCAAAGACAAAAAUUACCAGCACAGCAGUUAUGGGAGUUAGAAGUCAGGCUAGUUUAGCCACGUUAAAAUCACUGCUAUAUUCCACACUGCUACAAACUUGCACGAAAAGAUAAAAAUAGCCAGAAGCAAAAGCGUUGGAUGUAAUUUCGUCUCUUUCGGCCUUUUAGUCGUCUGAAAGCCUCCAACUCGCGAGCAUAGUUUGGUAGCAACUUAGCUAUGUACAAAUUUUUCUGUAUUUACAUACUUCGUAGUUGUAGGAAUUAAGAUGCUUUGAACAAAGAUAAGAAGCCAUGCAAACCAAAAAAACAAUACAAGCGAAAUAAAUCAAUAUUACUAUUAGUACACUCUGACGGUGCAAUAUACGCAUGUAGAUAUGGAAGAAAAAUUUUAGUAAUAUUAACACCUUAAUAAAAGCAUUAAUUGCAUGGCACCUUGGAAUUGGAGGAAUCCUUGCACCUCAGGGGCAACCGAUAGCGACGAGUCGCCACAAACAACAUCGCCCGUACGAAAGCGCUCUCAAAGUGGGUUUGCCGGAAACGCGCAUCAGCGUGAAAAUGGCACAGAGUCAACGAACGGUACCAGCACUUACCAGAAGCCAUAUUCAAACCCAAAAACCAAACAUACCACCCCGGUGCUCUUUUCUACAAAUAGCGGACUACAUUUACGUGUCACGAAACCUAAGUUCAAACCUUGUGCACCUACUGGGGUAUGUAUGUGUGGUGGCACAGUCGGACCGAGAUGUAACGCACUCAAUAUAACCGGAUGUAGUUGUGCCAUUGAGAGUGGCAUUGACACACGUUUGCCCGCUUCCUGUAUUUAUGAAAUACAUUUCUGUGAUUUGGAGCGUUGGAGUACGAAUCGCGCUAACACCAUCUGCCUCGAAGAUACUUUUAUUGUGUCAAGACGCAACAAUAGUCUACCCAGCUCCAAUAUGUCGUCCGCUGAUAGAGACAAUACUAUCUUUAAAAGCAGAAACCAGCGCAGCGGAAGCAUUUUUUGCGUGCCCAGCGGCAGUCGGCACGCACUCGUAAUGCCGCAUAGAAGCCUUUACCAACGCAGCACAAGCAUACAAAGCACAUUUGAACGAUUUGGUGUGCAGUGAAGAGAUAUUGAUAAUGAAAGGGAAUUUAAACCUACUGAACUAAAACCUCGGAGUAAUUCAAAAGAAGAAAUAGAAAAAUAGUAAAUUUUUGUAAAUAUAUGAGUGACUUUUUUAUGCUUAUCUAAUCUAAUAAAUUGAUUUAAAAAAAAAAAAAAUGUAAUCUUGGUGCUUUCUUCGUGCUCACUUGCUGAUGCUUUGUUGCAUUUGAAAUGGCUCAUGAUGAGCAAGCAGGCAUAUUCGUCCAUAUAUUCGCGUGGAACGUGAUGCUUUCAUAAGAAGAACUCUGCAGAAUUUAUUGCAGUUCGAAUACAUACAUCCUUUUUGUGGUUGUCAUCGUCGACAUCUGUCGGUAUUGGUCUCGUCGUUAUCGGUAACAAAUGAUUGCUGUUGCAUUACAUAAAUAUGUACGUCUGGCCUAACCUAGAGUUAGUUCCUGAACUCGAGCCACUCCAUAACCC